AUGAUCGGGUUCGGGUCACGCGAUGUCGACCUUGAGAAGGCUCCUGAGGUCGACAAUGCCUGCGAAAGCCGCAGCAACGAAACUUCCGAGAGCUACGAGGGCAGAGAAAACGCCGUCCCCGGCGAGAGCUUCGAGUAUGGCAAUUCCCUCUACGCAAAGGCCCAGCGCCUCGCCGGGAAAUUCCACGUCGAGCAGCGAGGCAUCGAGCGCGUGCCGGCGGAGGAGCAAACGGAUACGUCCUACUUCAACAUCGGCAGCAUGUGGCUGGCCGCAAACAUGGUCGUGAGCUCUUUCGCCAUUGGUGUGCUCGGCAAAUCCCUCUUCUAUUUGGGCUUCGUCGAUGCUAUCCUCGUCUGUAUUUUCUUCAACUUGCUUGGAGUCUUGACGGUCUGCUUCUUCUCUUGCUUCGGUCCCGCUUUCGGAUUGCGCCAGAUGGUGCUUUCUCGUUUCUGGUUCGGAUGGUGGCCCGUGAAGUUCGUUGCUAUCCUGAACGUCAUUGCCUGUGUCGGUUGGUCUGCCGCCAACGCCAUCGUCGGUGCCCAGCUCCUCAAUGCGGUCAACAGCGAUGUCCCUGGUUUCGCCGGUAUUCUCAUCAUUACCUUCUGCACCCUCUUCAUCACCUUCGCCGGAUACAAGGUCGUUCACGCCUACGAAUACUGGAGCUGGAUCCCCACCUGCAUCGUUUUCUUCAUCGUGCUGGGCUGCUUCGCCCACUCGGGAGCUUUCCUCAACCUUCCCAUGGAUACCGGCACAUCCGAGCUAGGCGGCGUCCUGUCCUUCGGCUCGACCAUCUACGGGUUUGCAACUGGCUGGACUAGUUACGCCGCCGACUACACCGUGUACCAGCCGGCUACCCGCAGCCGUCGCAAGGUUUUCGGUGCCACCUGGCUCGGUCUGAUCAUUCCCCUGCUUUUCACCGAGAUGCUGGGUAUCGCCGUCUUCACUGCCACCGACCUGAACGGUGGUAACAACAAGUACGCCGCCGGCUACCAAGCUUCUGGUAACGGUGGUCUGUUGGCCGCCGUCCUCGAGCCUCUCGGCGGAUUCGGCAAGUUUUGCCUGGUGAUCCUGGCCCUGUCCAUCAUCGCCAACAACUGCCCCAACAUCUACUCCGUCUCCCUGACCCUACAAGUCCUGAGCCGCUUCUCGCAGCGCGUGCCCCGCUUCAUUUGGACCUUCCUCGCUUCAUGCGUGUCCCUCGCCAUCGCCAUCCCCGGCUACUCCCACUUCGAAACCGUCUUGGAGAACUUCAUGAACUUCAUUGCCUACUGGCUGGCCAUCUACUCUGGAAUCGCCGUCGCCGACCACUUCAUCUUCAAGCGUGGGUUCGGCGGUUAUAAACCCGAGAUCUACGACAAGCCCGAGAAGCUGCCCCUGGGGAUUGCCGCGUCGAUCGCCUUCUGCUUCGGUAUCGCCGGUAUGAUCACCGGUAUGAGCCAAACGUGGUUUGUCGGCCCGAUCGCGAAACACGCGGGCGCGGCGCCCUAUGGCGGUGAUGUUGGCUUUGAGCUGGGCUUUGCCUUUUCGUUCGUCACGUAUUGUGCUUUGAGACCGUUUGAGCUUCGUUAUUUCGGUCGGUAA